AUGCAGAACCUUUUACCUAUCGCCUGCUUUUUAUCGGCUAUACGAGUGCCAAAUAUCCAGUUCGAGACCGCAGUCCUUCAACCAGCUCCGGUCAACAAGGACAAAUGCCCCUACGUCCUUAACAACAACGAUAUUGAGUUUAGAUUGUACACCAGGCACAAUCCCGUUGAAGGACAAGUUCUGACGAUAGACGAUGACGAGAGCCUUUUCGCUUCCAACAUCGACUUCAAUGACAAGACAGUAUUCUUCUUCCACGGAUUCAUGGAGACUGGGGAGGACAGCAGUUCGCUUAUGGUCAAAGAAGCGUACGUCCAAGUAGGAAAUGUCAACAUGAUAAUGGUGGACGCGCAACGUCUGGAGGCUGGACCUUGGUACUUCACAGCUGCCUCCAACACCUGGUACAUUGGGCGCUUCACGGCCAUGUUUAUAGAUUACCUCGCGACCAGAGGAUUAAAAUUAUCCAACCUUCACUUGGUCGGCCACAGCUUGGGAGCCCAGAUCGCCGGUGUAGUCGGGCACACAGUAAAAUCAGGUCGUGUGUCUCGCAUUACCGGCUUGGACCCGGCGUUGCCCCUUUUCGAAAACGUGCCCCUAGCCCAAAGACUGGACCCUACGGACGCAGAAUUCGUGGAUAUCAUACAUUCGGAUGCUGGUAUAUUUGGUUAUAACAGGCCUUGUGGCCACGUGGACUUCUUCCCCAACGGUGGGGUCAGCCCGCAGCCAGGAUGUGAACUGGAGGUGGUUCUACCACAGCAGGAGUUGUUCAAUAAGUUCUUCUGCAGCCACUGGCAAUCGUUCAGAUUCUUCAGCGAGUCUGUGUUAAGACCGGAAGGUUUCAUCGCUUCAGAGUGUAGCUCUUGGAAGGAGUACAUACGGGGACACUGCGCGAACACGAAGAAGACGCACAUGGGCGAAGGGGCAGAUAGAACGUAG